UAUAUGUGUGACGGACACUACACGAUCGAUCGUCGGCCGGCUGUGCAGUCUCGCGCAGGAAUAACUACACCGUCACGUUAUGAGUUAAGCUGAUUCAGUUAUGCACAAUGGCACAGUUGGAUGCUGCAGUCAUAAAGCUGAACCAGCAUCUCCUGGACAAUACCUGCCUAUGUGAUAUGGAUGAAGCCAGUGAGUUAAGAGGGAUGUCUGCAUUGAAGAGCUGGCUGAGAGGAGAAGACAAUGUGCAAGACGUACUGGAGGGUUUGCUUGAGGAUACAUUGGAGAAUAAUAUGAAGAAACCGGAUAGGAUGCUGGUUGGUCUGACCAUCAGCAAGCAUCUGUUUGAGGCAACACACUGUGCUCAUGUGCUACACCUGCAGCGCCAGAUGGUGGACUCAGGAUCUUUAUUAGAGGAUUUGGGUACACUGAUGUCAUCUGAGGAUAGGCUUACAGCAUUCAUGACAUGUCAAAUGGCAAAGGCUGUGUUGUCAUCCCCUGCAAUUGACAAGGAAAAAGCUGUCUUAUUCCUUCAUCAGCACCUUCUCGGGAUUGGGACUGUAAUACGACAUGCUGGUCACCACCACCAAACGUUAGGUCUAGUCAACUCUCCCAGUCAAUGUAGACAGAAUCAGCCUAAUUACCAUGGUCAGAAACAAAGGAAUCAGGUCAGUCCAGUAGAGGUCAGUAAAGGGCAGAUGGAUCCAGAUCAGGUUAAUUUGAAUCCAGAUGAUUCAAGUCAAGUCUGUAAAGGUCUGGUUGGGUCUGGUCAGAUGUCAGCUCAGUCAUACUUGGGUCAAGAGAGUACGGGUCAUAGCCAUGCCACUCGUGAUCUGGGGAAUGUAAGCAAGAUCCAAUCUCACCUGGAUCGGAGCACGACCCAUCUUGGUCAAGUCAACCAUGCAGUCUUCACCUUGGACCUCUGUCGGCUACUACUGAAGAAGAUCUGUCAUGAAGGGAGUCGGCAGGUCAAGUCAGAGAAUACUGGAACGUCGCAGGGAAGUCAACAGCCAUCUUGCAUACAAGCUGCACACUCCAUUGCAGACACGGGAUUUGGAAGACUUCAAGAUUGUCAAAAGGAGCUACGACAUCUGCUAUGCAGGGAUCUACCAUGCAUAUUGCAAGACUUUGCCUUACCACUACCAGCUGAUGAACCACACAGGGUUAACAUGGACACCAAAGACACCAUACUAAUCCUUGCAUCACUCCUAGAUCUAGUACAUGCUCUGCUGAAACACAGGCAUGUUGAGCAACACUGGCAAGGGUUCACCUCCAAGCUAGGCUCCUCACUGAUGCAUCUCUUCAAAGACUAUUGCCAUGAUGUCAUCAUCUUGAAGAGACUCCUAGACAUCUUCGUAUUAUUUACGGAUUAUUCACCAGUGACUUCAUGUAUUCCACAUUCUGGCCAAUCACAUUCCAGUCAUCCUCUGGUUGCCACACUGGAUGAUGCUUUAAUCACCACGGCAGCAGGUUUUGUCAGCAUGGUUGCCAAGGGGAGCUUUCUUGAGCAUAUUCCAUAUAGGAGUGGCCCCAUUGGAUUUGGAGGUGGUCAUUUUCAUCCUAGCAGUAGCAACCAUGAAGAUAAGUCUGGUGAUCACCCACUGCUAAGGAAGCUUUACCAAGCAACGUUGUGUGCAGUGAAGACACUUCUCAACUGUCAUAAGUCAAAGACGAUUUAUGAUGAAUCAGAUGUUGGAGGUUGUCUUCGAAAUCUCUGGGGUUAUGUCUGCUGCAAGCUCAACCAUAUCAUCCCAACUGAUGCUCACAUCUGGCUAGUAUUUGAACUCUUCUCUGAACAGGACGACGGCCUGGUGUGGGUCAUGCACUGCAGCCUGGAUCUCUAUAAGGCCUCCCAGUCACUGCAUCCUCCUUGCAGCCUCUUAGUAGGCCAGCUUAACCCCCAUCGGAUCUUCUGCAGGUUCCUAGACACUGUUGCCUAUGAUCCCAGUGUUCUUCUGGAUUUACUGAUAUCAUCCGAGACCCCAUUCCUGGAGUAUCUGGUCUGUUACCUACACACUGUUCUCAGAGAUUGGGAUUCGUUUUGCAGUUCUCUUCAAGAGGUUGCCUCCAUGGAUUCCAAAUCACACUCUCAAAACUCGGCAGAUGUGGCAUCCAUCAAACCUCCCGUUGAUGAGAAGCCAUAUUUUGCCAAAUGUGAAAGCAGUCACACUCACCAGGAACGAGAGGAAGGUGUGGAGACUAGCAUAAAGACAAAGAGAAGGAAAACUCAGGUUGAUGGAGAUACACACCAAGAGACUGCGAGACCAAAAGACGAGCUGGAGUACACUUCAUCCAGUCAGGCCACCUCAUCACCAGCCGGAGCUGGAAAUUUUUCUUGCAACUCAUGUAAACGUACAGAUGCUGAAGACAUAAAAAGGACUCCUGCACAGGACUCUUCGGAGGCCUUGUCCACUUCUCCCAAUGACCAGACUUUGGAGAUGCUGUGUAGUCAGACUAACAUUGUGUCCCAACCUCUAGAUGAUGUGAUGACCACUCUAAUAAGGCUUCGCUUUUCAAUUGCUAGAAUCAGUGGGAGCAAUUUGUUUCCCUACCCCAUCACACCUCUGCUUCGGCUACUGGAAAGGGUCGAGGGCAUGUAUGAGGGGGACAUAAGUGAGGGCUCCUAGGUGUGAUAAUGCCAAGAUUAGGAUCUAUCACAUAUUACAGUAAUGCAGGCCAUAUACAUGGUAAACUUAACGUUGGUGUAUGGCUCAUCUGUAAUGACUAAAUUUGUCUUGAAAUCAUUGAACUUUCACUUUGCACUGACAGCACAAUUGGGCACAUAAUAAGAGAAACUAUUUCAGGGCAUGAAAUAAAUGUCAGAUGAAGAAAUCCUUUUAAGAAAGUCGAACGGUUGGUUUGUACUUAUGAAUUUUCCCUCGCUAGACCAAAGACAUGGAGAUGGCAACAUGCACCAAGAUCAGCUUGUGGUAAAGAAUUGGGUUGGAACAGGUAGUGGAUAAGAGCCAGAGACAUUAUUACCCAAGCAAAACAUCCAUUUUUUUUCAACGCCCAUAUUUUUGAUGGCUGUUUUAAAGAUUUUGAUAUUCGUCCAAUGAAUUAUAAAUGGUUAAAGUGUAUGUUCAUGUAUGUAUCUUGCUGCAGAAGCAACCAUUAACUUAUCAUACAUCCCAAGAUGCAUGUUUUGCGAAAUUAAAAACCCAGGACAAGCAGUCAUACUAGACUUCAGUCACCGAGAAACGAAGACCAAGAACAUCAGCUAACCCUGCUCACAUCCCUUGUACGUUAUGCACACCCAAUAACACUGACAAGGACCACGGUGUGAAAUAUUUAGCUGACCUAAGUGCAGUGGUGUAACUGGGGUUCAAUGUCUAGGGUUCGCACAAACAUUGUAUUCAGCCACGCACAUACUCAAAAUGUGGUCGUGCCAUGACAGCACACCAUUUAUUACUUCAAAAAACAGAAA